AUGUCUGGAUCCUCAGGUGGUCCCUCUGCUGUUUUGUCUGCUGAUGAUGGCUUACCACAAAGACCACAGCCUCCUUUUAAGCUGAGCAGAGCAUCCAAAGAUAUCGCUUUUGGCUCGCUGGCAGGAAUGGUGUCCAAGGUGUUCGAACAUCCGUUUGAUCUGGUAAAGGUACGAUUACAAACCCAACCUUCCGAUAGACCUGCAAUGUUCAAAGGAGCAUUUGAUUGCUUUCGUCAAACAUACGUAAAAGAAGGAGCUCGUGGACUGUUUAGAGGGCUAUCAAUGCCUGUCUUUGGCGCCACCCUGGAAAAUGCCUCGCUAUUUUUUACAUAUAAUUUCGUUCAAGGACAAUUGAGACAGUAUAACGGACUUUCAACACCUUCUUCCUCUUCUUCGCUAGAGGAAGAUGCAGAGAAACCACUUUCGAUGGGAUAUUUGGCAAUCGCUGCUGCUUGUGCUGGAUCGGUAACUAGUGUCGUUCUCACGCCAGUCGAAUUGAUCAAGUGCAAAAUGCAGGUGCAAAUGGUGGCAAGAGAGGUGGAUAUAUUAAAUAUGUCAUCGAAUGCAUUUACGGCUGGGCUGGAUGGUCCACUAACGAUUCUCAAAAAAGUGAUCAGACAAGAUGGGAUACGUGGUCUUUGGCUAGGUCAGACGGGAACACUGCUUCGAGAAACGGGAGGCGGUGUAGCUUGGUUCUUGGCGUUUGAAUAUGGAUGUCGAACGAUGAUCGAAGCAAAACGGAAAGCAGCCCCGAAUUCGGAUACUCCCAUCACAAAGAAAGAUCUUGGAACGAUGCAAUUAAUCGGAGCAGGUGCUUUAGCAGGAAUAAGUUAUAAUGUCGUUCUGUUUCCGGCUGAUUCCGUUAAAUCUACCAUGCAAACAGAACGUGAAUGGGCAUCUUCUGGAAUGAGCGGACAAACACAAUUCAAACAAAGAGGUUUCCUGGCAACCCUUUCAAACAUAUACAAGACCAGAGGCAUUCGUGGAUUGUAUGCAGGAUGCGGUGUAACGUGUAUGAGAAGUGCACCGAGUAGCGCUUUAAUUUUCUUAUUGUACAACAGACUAGAAGCAUUAGCAGAUGAUUGGGGUAUUUAGACAAGGUCAAUGUCAAUUCAUAGAUUCAAAUGCAAUUAUAUCCAAAUAUUUCUAUAGCU